ACACAAUACAGUUACACCACUUGUCUCUCUCCCUCCCUCUUUCCUCUCACAUACUGUUACUUUCACAUACAAAGCAAAUACAAAAUCAAUUCAAAUGAAUCUCUUUUUUGGAAGGAAGCCAAAGGCUACUCCUAAGGACUCGAUUGUCGAGCUCAGGAACACAUUGCAGAUGCUCGAAAAAAGAGAAACCUUCUUACAAACAAAGAUCGACAAUGAGCUCAAGAUUGCAAAAGCAAAUGCCACCAAGAAUCGCAGAGCCGCGCUCAUGGCAUUGAAGCGUAAGAAACAGUAUGAAGGAGUGAUCGAACGCAUUUCGGGUUCACGGCUGACAAUAGAGACGCAGGUCAUGGCCAUUGAAAAUGCUAAUGUCAAUCUUGAGACUAUGAAGGCUAUGCGUGCAGGUGCUGAAGCUAUGAAGGGUAUCCAUGGUGCCAUGGAUAUCAACAAGGUUGACCAGACAAUGGAGGAGAUUAGGGACCAGAUGGAGCUCGCCAAUGAGAUUUCAGAUGUUAUUUCACAGCCCGUUGGGUUUGGCAUUGAAAUGGAUGAGGAUGAAUUGGCAGCUGAACUUGACGAGCUUGAGCAAGAAGAGUUGGACAAGAAACUUAUGGAAACUGAACGACCACCCCAAAUUGGCUUGCCUUCGGUGCCUGUCCAUCCUCCAGAAGUAGAAGACGAGGAAGAGGCCGAACUCAGGGAGUUACGUGAGAGUAUGGCCAUUUAGAAAGUAGCGUCUUGAGAGCCCAUUGCACACCACAAAUUAUCAUCAUUACUGUUAUUACCACCAUCAAUAACAAUUGCCGGACAUGGCAACGCAGGAUCAUGCAAGCCUUUUUAUGUUUUUCUCUUUACUUUUUUUGUUUUUUCUCCUUGUUCGUAGUUACCACUUCCAUAUAAAUAAAGGAGGUCAAUAAUUCUUCUACA